UCAGCACGCAGCAGUGGUCAGCUUGACGCAGAGUGACGGCCGUAUAGCUGGUCUGAAUCUGGCCAGCUGUCAUGCAAAGAAUCUUGAGUUGGCGCUCCCUGCAGGGAUGCCUGCACUGGCAGUUAAACCGCUCUGCCGCUGCGCUUUGAAUUGAAGUGGUGCAGUUCGAUGUUUGUGGAAUGCUGCACAGAGGAGCAAGCUGGGGAGACUCAGAAAGGUCACGGCUCCGUUGUUUGCAGUUUGUUCCAUAUACAUUGAUGUCCGCAGGAACUUGUACUGGAAAGGUUUUGCAGCUCAAAACUCUGUUUUUUGCAUGCCAGACUGAUUCUCAGGUGUUCCCUGUGUUGAAGCCCUAGCUCCUGCAAGACCCGACACGAAUCUCUUGCGUCUGACCCAACAUUCACAUGAAUUAUCUGCGCUUGGAAGGCUUGGCUAGAGCAUUAGCGCGCAGCAGAUCAACGCACUCAAAGGCCAUCUGCAAUACGUUAAAUAAUCAGGGCAGCUUGUUCCGCGGCCAGAUUGGAAGCACCUCACGAUAUGGGCUUGACCGCGAGCCGGGCCCAAAACCAUAUCACACAGGCCCAGCCUCACAGCGCCUGCUAGCUGCUUGCAAACUAGGGGCAGAACAUGACAGGACAUCAAAAUUGACUCUUGAGCGCCUGAAUUGUGCACCUAAUUCUAGGAGUCUGACGAUGGGGCGAGACACGCAGCUGGAAUCGAACCCCUCCCCAUUCUUUGAGGAAUUUGCCGAAGGCCUGCCGCUCACCGUCCGGGCAAGUGCUACAGCUGGGCGAGGAAUGUAUGCAGCAGAGGAGAUAGCAGCGGGCGAAGUAAUCCAGGAUGCAGCCCCAAUUGUGGCGCAUCCGACGCUUAACAAUAUUGACAAAUGCUGCUACCUGUGCCUCAAGUACACCCAGGAAGGUGUGAGGUACUAUCCUGAUGGCGUAAAGUCCCCGGCAGAAGGCAAGCUGCGGCCUUCGUUCUGCAGUGAGGCGUGCGCCCUGUAUGCCGAAGAUCAGUUCUAUGGGGUUGAGCAACAAGCGAACUGGACCAAGCUGGUGGAACACGGCCGUGAGCAUGGGCUGCGGUUCCCCCUCCUCGUAGCUCGCCUCGCGUGCAUGGUCUUGUCUGAGGCAGCGGAGCCGGACGUCCUCAGACCGCUCUGCUUUGUCAAGACGGACCCCACUCCUCCGGAAUGGGUCGAAGAGCACUCGAUCGUCUACCAGGCCUUGAGAAGGUCAGGCCAAUCAGACGAAGCCCUGCGCUUCCUAACCUUGGACUGGUACGUCAGCGUGAUUGCCCGCAUGCACCUCAACUCGUUCCAAGUCGACAUCGUGCGUCCGCUCGACCCGUCCGAUCUUUUUGCCGCCGCUUCGGACGCCGCCGCCGGACACGGCUCUGCGGGGAGCGCAGUUUACCUGCUGCCGUCGAUGUACAAUCACAGCUGUGAGCCCAGCGUGGAUAUCCAUUGGCCCAGGGACGCGAUAGCCCGUUUCGAAGCUCGGCGAGACAUCCAAGAAGGAGAGGAGCUCACCAUCACUUACAUUGACGCUAGCCUCCCUGUCGAGACACGUCAGAAACACCUCGAGUGGGCGUACGGCUUCCGAUGCCAGUGCCAACGAUGCCAAGACGAGAAGGAGCCCCCGUAACAGGAUUCAGUGCCCAGUACCGUAGUUGAGACUGCAGCCAUCAGAUUGUCAAAUUGCUGCAGACGACUCAAGACGAACCCCCCAUGGUCACGUAUACCUACGUCACUGUCGACUCCAAAUUCAGAACUUUCUUAUGCCGCGAUACUAGCCGCCACUUCUCAUCCUCUGCAAUACUGGUCCUUCCAGAGUCCUUUGUGAGAGUCCUUCAACCAUUCUCGGAAUCCGCAGAUCAAAGAAUGCGCAUGGGCGGCAGGAGGUCAACUCUCUCAUAGAUCAGCGUAUAUCCCAAAUGCACCGUUGCUCUAAUUAGUAGUCCAAAGAUUGUUUCAGCUGUUACGAACGAUCGCUGGUUGGCUAGCUAGCGUCAUUAAGCCUCGAGAGCUUGAGUCUGAAGGUAGGCUCUGAAGUUUGCAAUCCAG